AUGUCUUCCCCUGGCGGCAAAAUCAGGGAGCCUACGUGCAAGAAAUGUCAGAAGAAGGGAAUCGAGUGUUCCGGCCCUGGUCGAAUUCGCUUUUCCACCGGUGUCGCCCAACGUGGCCGAUUAAAAGGAUGCACCAUUCCAGUGGUAGACCCACCGCCCGAGCUGGCGCUAGAAGGCAAUGCACAGGCUACGCCAGCGCCACGUAAAAUCAGGUGGAAAAACGACCAGCCGGUGCGUACCAGAAGGAAAAACGAGACACGCGCAGCGACUGGUUCAAGCACAAGCCAAACAAAAAAUUCCCCCACUCCGAGCAAACGGGACACAAUACCUACAUGUGCUGAAACCUUGGAUCUGCAUCAAAAUGACCUCGAUGUCAUCGAUGGAUAUGUCGAUCGCCCUUCCGAUAAGAGACUUACUUCUGUGGUAGGGUCAAUCCACCGGUGGCUUGCCCCUUUGAAUUCUCAGACCCGCAUGUUGAUGUCGCACUUCUCAGAGCAAGUCGCUCCUGUGAUGGUUGUCCUAGAUCAGGUCUCCAAUGGCUAUCGGGAUAUUCUACUGCCCCUAGCGUGCGAGGAUGAACUCGUGCAAUGCGCUGUCGGCGUGGUAGCAGCACAGCAUUUGGCCUUAAAUAACCCUUUCUAUCAAUCAAUUGCCGAUCGGGGGCGAGCCGCACUGAUAUCACGGUUGUGUCGAGAUUCAACGUCUCCGGAUCGGGUGUUCAACACCUCUACGUGGGCAACUCUGAUUGUUCUGCUAGUUGGAGAGACUAUCACAGGCAGCUCGGAAUAUGGCCACCUUCUGCGGACCUUGAUGUGUUUAGUACAAAAUGCUGAUCAAAUCGCGCCCUCUUCUGCGUGUCGUUUUCUAAGUCAACAGACUCACAUGUUUGAAUUUCUUGGUCAACCUCUGCUCAGCGAAAACCAAGGUGUGAAUGUAUUAAGCUUUCCACUUGAGAACUACCUCGACUGGACAUAUUAUGACCUCCCUUCGGAUUCUGAACACAGCGAUGUGCUCCAUCUCUCGAGAAUGGCUUUCAUCAAAGCUUCUGAGAUCUAUCUCGGCCGAGUGGCGUCUGAUCAUGACCAGUGGCAGCUCUUGGAGAGUUUGAAGCAGUUGAUUUCUAAGAUCGAACCCAAUCAGAUGGGCUCCCAUGCCAUUGUGUGGGUCUGCUUUAUUGCGGCGGCAGAUAGUACAGACCCGGAGCAUCGAAUAUUUUUUGUUAAUCGGAUGAAACGUAUCUUUGCGAAGAUCAAGUUCCAGAACAUAUCUGCAGGCAUUGAGGCACUUCCUGCGAUAUGGUCCCAGCAAGGCUCGUCGCGUUGGACGAAAAACCUUUCACGACUGGCCCCCACCUUAAUUAUGUGA